CCUCCGGCGGAGGGACGAGUCCUCCCCUCCCGGCCCGCCUCUCGGUGUCGGGCAGGGCCGGCACAGCGGGCCGAGGGGCCGGGGGGCAGCGGCAGAGGGCAGGGGGCGGCCGGCUGAGGGGAGCCGCCGAGCCGGGAGGCAGCCGGGGCGGGCAGGUGCAGCGGCGGCAGGCUGAGGGGUUCCUGAAGGGAGAUUAAUUAAAAUUACCGCGUGCUGCUCGAGGUGGGUGUUUUGUGGGUGUUUUAUGGGGUGAAGUUCGGACUUGUGCCCUUUCGGGGUGGCUGGCACACGCUGGAGCUGAGCCUGCAGGUUUAAAAGCCGAAUCCCGAAAUGAGGAAGUUUUUUUUCGUGGAGCCGGUCAUUUUCGUCUACAUGUUUGCUUCCUACUUGACCAGCCCGGUGGUGCAGCAGUUUAUUUACCGGCGGCUGUGGGAGGAGGAGUACAAUUCCACUUUCAUUAGCAGCAGCAAUACCAGUUCCUGUGAGCAAAACAAAAGUAGCCCGGCUUAUAUCAAGCAGAAGGGAGUUCAAGAAAAGACUUCUCUAUUUAAUAUGCAGCUGGACUUAACUGCGGCAGUUCCCAGCCUUGUAGUUGCCUUUAUCAUUGUAGCUAACGGAGAUCGCCAGGGACGAAAAAGAUCUUUAGUUUUACCAUCAGUGGGAGCUUUGAUUGCAGAUAUUUUCCAGACUUUAAUAUCAUAUUUUUCCUUGCCACUCUCUGUCCUAUUUGCGGCUACGUUUAUUUCUGGACUGUUUGGGAGUAUGGCAACUUUUCUUGGAGGAGGCUUUGCUUAUAUAGCGGAUUUGUGUCAUGACGAGAAGCAGAAAACAACGCGAAUAGCUGUGGUUGACUUGAUUUUUGGAGUUGUAUCUGGAUUGGCAGGACUGUCUUCUGGCUACAUUUUAAGAGAAAUGGGUUUUACGUGGACAUUUGGGACGGCAUCUCUGCUUCAUGUUGUCAAUAUUAUCUAUAUUAUAUUUUUUCUGGAAGACACAGUAAGCAUAUCUGAAUCCCAGCAACAAGCACAAGUAUCUUUUAAAGAACUUCUAAAAGAAACGUUUUCUGGAGUGUACAUGCUUUUUAAAACUGCCCCUUCUAAAAAGAGAAUUUUAAUAAUUGUGUUACUUUUUACAUUUAUGACUUACUUGUUUACCGUGUUUGGUGGGAGUUCGCUUUUUACACUGUAUGAACUGAAUGAGCCACUCUGCUGGAAUGAAGUAUACAUCGGAUAUGGAGCAGCUGCAUUCACUUCUGUCUCUCUGACCAGUUUUUUAGGAGUUUACUUUUUUUCAAAAUGUCUCAAAGACAUUUAUAUUGUAUUUAUUGGGAUAUUUUCUUACAUUGGAGGAAUAGUCAUGGCUGCCUUUGCCAAAACAACACUGCUUAUGUUUCUAGUAAGAGUGCCAUCUUUAUUCUGCCUUAUGCCUGUUCCUGUUCUCCGAUCCAUGCUGUCAAAAGUGGUUCUCCCCAGUGAACAGGGUGCUGUGUUUGCUUGUAUUGCCUGUUUAGAAGUUGUGACCGGCACUAUUUCCCUUUUAGUUUUUAAUGUUCUCUAUGCAGCUACCGUUGCAUGGUUUUCAGGCUUUAGCUUCCUCUUCUCAGCAGGCUUUUGUCUAAUUCCACUGGGUGCACUGUGCUGGCUUCUGUGCACAAGCUGGAAUGGGGAGGACUUGGCUCUGCUUGUACCUGACGAAGUAUCCAGCAUAGACAGUGUUGAUAGUUGAACAAAGGAUUCAGCUACCUGACUUUUAUCUGACGUGCAGUGGCAGAGACCACAUGUCUUACCGAGACCACAGAGAUAACACACAAGUUGCAGAUGAAAUCUACAACUAGCACUGAAUUGGUAGCACUCUAUAUCCAGUCUCUUUUUAGCACUUAGAUAAAACAAUCUCCUGUACCUAACUAUGCAAGUAGGCUGGCAAUGGAGAUUUUCAUGCUGCUUUCAGCAUGGAGAAAAAGUAAGGUAGGAUGACACUCUUUCGCCACUUACCCAUUCUCAAGUUUGAAAAUGUCAGCUGGGGAUUGUGAUACAUCUUGUAUCGUUCUAAGUGGGGUGACAGAGAUAAGUUUAUCAGCCCCUUUCCCAGAGGGUGUUGGCAAUUCUCCUGAAGCCGCUGGAGCUCAUGCCAGCUGUGCGUGCAGCCCACUGUGUACAUCUGAAAAGGUCUGUCUUAACUGGGGAAGCCCACAAAACUGUCUAAAAUUACUAAACCUAAAGGUACUUUUUGUUUUCUUUCCGAAAAACUGGAAGCAAUACUUGUACCUGCUGUAAGGAGACUGCUCUGCAGUUAGCAAAGAAUGUUUGUGCAAGUUUAAUGUAUGAUGUGUGGACCUCGCCUGUGACUUAGUUCUUGAAAUAGAUUUUCACGCAGAACAGCCAUACUUAGAAAAUUUCCAGCUUGCAGAGUGUGAAGUUAGGCCUAUGCCUACAUUUUACAGAGGCCAUAUUGCACAUUUAUUUUUACAUUAUAAAUUUCUCAUUGUUUUUUAUAUAUUAGGGACUACAUACAGACAAGUCUAUUUUUUUGUCCCAUAGAUGUCUUCCAGCUAAGCUGGCUUUAAUGAAGUUGUUUUUUUGUUUGUUUGUUUUUUUAGUGAAACGCUGUAAUAGAAUUAUUUUCAGAAGAUCUUUUAUUAUUUUUUUAAUAAUUAAAAAAAAAAUCUGGACCACAUAUCUAAGCAUUUGCAAUGAAUGCAAUAAUUUAUUAGCAUUUGAAUAGCAUUUCUUAUCUCCCAAUCGCUUUACAAAUGCUAUUGUGAACCUCCCUCCACAAUAGAUACUAUCCUCCCUGUUUCAGAGACAGAGAAAUCGACAGAGCCACAGGGCCACAGUGCAAAUCGGUGAGAGUGCUAACCCUAGAAAUCAAUCUCUGUGUUGAUUCUUCAGCUUUUUGUUUGAGUUCUAUAUGUAGAAACUAGCCGGAGCGUUAGCUUCUGGAAUGCACAGCACAGCAGAAGUGUGAAUGUAAACACCAUGUUGAAGACCACAGCCAUGUAUUGUUUUCAGACUGAGUUUUACAGACAAUGUUGUCCUCAUCCCUGAAAGUACAGGUAGGUAGUAUGUGACUUUCUACUCCUACAAACAAUUAGAUAGAAAAAUCAAAAGAACAGUAAGUGGUUGACAUUUACAGGUGGAAAAUUCUAGGAAAACAACUGUGAUAUGGGAACUGACUUUGCUUGCACAGUGUGUGAUAAAAAUGAAGACAGCCAUGAGGAUGUAGCAUAUGCUGUAUGAUCAAAGAUCUACUUACAGCCAUUAAUACUUGUCCCAUCAACAGAGUACUUCUCAGAGGUACUCCAACAACAAAUAUUAGCACGUCAUCAUGAUGAUGCUAUUGCAGAUCCUUUCUGUUUGAACAAUAUUGUUUCCAUACUGCACAUCUUGAUCACUGAGAUGUUUGCAAGAGGGGUCAAAUAAGGUAAAUGAGAGUUUAUAUUAUCCAUGAAAUUGUAGAAUGGCUUAGGUUGGAAGGAGCCUUAAAGGCCACUCAGUCCUAACCCCUUGCCAUGGGCAGGGACACCUCCCACCACACCAGGUUGCCCAAAGCCCCAUCCAGCCUGGCCUUGAGCACCUCCAGGGAUGGGGCAUCCACAGCUUCUCUGGGCAGCCUGUGCCAGGGCCUCACCACCUGAAUCCAGGGGAAUGCUAUUAAACAUAGCCUGCCUUUACAUUUCUGUCCUUAUGGACCAAGGCUGAUGUUGCCAAUUUAAGUUCAUUAGCUUUUUCUAGCUACUUUAUAUACUAGCCAGUAAAUAAAACUGAUGAACUCUCUUCUCCUGAGGUGUCUGAGUUGCUGACAAGUUGCUGAAAUGAGCUGUGUUUUAGAAUAAUCACUGGGUCCAAAACACUGCAAGUAAUUGGAAAGAGUUUAAGAAUACACUCAUGUAAGGGAUUUCAGCACAAAGACUACAUUGUCAUCCUUUCCUCUUCAUUAUGCAGUUUUGUAAGACUUCAUGAAAUUAACUAUUUUGCACAAAAUGCCUGGAAAAAGUAAAAACAAGUGAAAAGGGUAUAUGCCCUCACUUCUUCAACGCAGACCUCUGCCAGCACUCUACAGGUAGCAACAAAGUAAGCCAGUUCCACAGCAGCAUUCAGUUUGAGGACGAGAAGGUGCACGUGCACUUUGGGAAUGGCUUUGGUAAGGUUUGAUUUUGCUGUAUCAAGUAUUGGCUGUUUGCAGAGUAUUUCUGGUGGACACAGAAUGUGAGUUCAGAUCAAAGCACAUCAAUACAAAUUGUGUUUUUAAAGUGUAUGGUACAAGCUAAGGAAAUUAGGUACUAAUGUGCUUCAUAUUAUUAAAUCAAAAUCCUCCACGUUUGUUGUAGUUGUUUUAUUUCUAUACAAAUGCAAUGAUUUAGACAAAUUAAUAGCAAAAUUUGGUCUUUUGAACUGUGUUGUAUGUAGUUCUUGAUACGGCUUUUGACAAAUGCCCAACAGGAGGACAGGUGGGGUACUGUUAUGUGAACAGAAGCAGCAGCACUAUGGCAUCGUCUAUUUUUGCAGUGAUAACAAGCAAACAGUGGUGCAGGAAGACGUGCUUCUGCUUUCCUUCAGUGCUGGGGAGAGGCAAGGCUGCUGCCGAGAACAUCAGCACUGAUAGGAGGUGGGGAACUGCAGAGCAGGGACAACAUUGCUGCCUGCAAGAAGUCAGGUUCAGGACAUGGGUAGGAAACUUGCGGCAGCUUUAAGCUUACUGUAAAGUACUUAGCCUCAGCCCUGUUUGACUCCCAUUACUUUAACAGCAUACCACAUAAAUUCUUGAUGUGCCUCUUAAAUAGACCAUUUGCUUUCCAGCCUGGCUAACCCUUAAAAGUGGCUUCCUUCAGGCAUGAUGAACAAUGAAAUUUCCUUGCUCUGAAUAUGGCUCGAUCUCACUGAAGAUAAAGUAUACUAAACCUUGAACAAAACCACCUAGAAAUUAAGGCAGGCUUCCUAAUAUGUCCACUCUGCUUUCACUAAUAAGAAUCUCUAAUAAAUUACUUGUCUUAAUGUAGUUUUGCUCAGGUGCAACAGCAUCCAGCUUUCAACCUGCACCAGGAAAGGCUGACCAGCUACAUAAGCAGAGGCAGGAAGUUUAGAAAGUAGCAGUCCUUGAACAACUGGGCCAACUGUUUUCUGCACACCCAUUCCUGGAACAGUGCCGGUAGGAAGGCAGACCUGAAAAUCCUCCUACGGUAUCUUAGAUCAUCCCAGACCUGCCUAGGUAAUCUCUUAGCCUUUCUGGCCUGACCCAGUUUGCUUUACAACAGCUUACUCUUGCUUUAUACAUAAUUGCCAAGAAACUCAAGCCAUUUAUAAAUUAGCAGCCAAUCCCACUAGCCAAUGAAGUAUACCAGUUCACAGAAAGAACAGCAACAUAAGAUAGUGAGUAGGUUUGUCCUUUAAAUUUAUUCGUCCCAUUGUUUAAGUUCACUGAGGCAAAAAACACAAGUCUUAAUUUGUAUUUCAUAGCAAAAACCUCUAAUCUCUCCAACUCUCAAUAGGCAAUUUUCACUCUUAAAUGAAUACAUAUAAAGUAAAUAAAACAUCCAGUAAAGUA